CUUAAUAGUCGAAGUCAUGAUGCAAUACCAAUAAAUUUCUCCCUCGGAGACGUCGGGUACAAAGCGUUUGGUGCUGUUACACCAACUCAAAACCACGGUCCCCAUUUUCGAUCAUCAGACUUUAUUCUUCUCUGGGAUGGUAGAAUUUAUAGCCAUCUUUCUUCUGUCUUGGACGCUCAAUGGCUUCUAGAGGAAAUCUCCGCUUGUGAUGGUUCCAACAACGUCAUAAUUAGUCUCUUUGGCCUCCUACGCGGUCCCUUCGCCUUCAUCCUCAUAAAGAAGUCAGCAAAACGCAUAUUUUUCGGACGCGAUAAAUAUGGUCGGCGUUCACUUGUCUGUAAUUCUGCUAUCUCUCAUUUGGGUAGCCUCAGUCUUUCAGAUGAUGACACCUUUGCAGAGGUUCCAGCGUCGGGAAUCUACGUGGCUUCUGCAGUAUCAGGCGGGGGAUUUCACAUUGAUUCCUGGUAUCCGUGGUCCUCAGAUCAUCUACAAUUUUGGAUCUCGCACCCUCUCAACACGUCGGUGAAACACGAAGCCAUCUCAAACGAUUAUAAGUUGAGAACUCCUCAGGGUGUAGAUGGGCGUGAUCCAGUAAAUGUUCUGAUGAAUCUCCUCAGAGAGGCUAUUGCCGUUCAGGUUCAUCUGCCAACACCCGUCUGUCAAAUGUGUUUUAAGUCAGGUUCUAACUUAUGCUUGCACGCCCGCAUUGGCGUUCUCUUCUCUGGGGGUCUUGAUUCAACUGUUAUCGCAGCUCUGGUUGACAGAAAGUGUUUGAUCGUGACGCAGACUCGACCUCCUCAGACACUGAGGUUCUGCAGUGGCUAUUGUCCAAUUUAUGUGGUAGAACCUCCCCAGCUUCUCAUCGUCUUUACUGUGUCGGCAAAAUUCGUACCAUCCUGUUGUCUCCAUCUGCAAACAUCCUAUUUGCUGAAAAUCUUGCACUUUAGAGGCUGUGAUGAAACCGACUUCCAGCGGCUAUACUCUUCGCCGGAAAGCGCCCCAGAUAGGCAAACUGCACUGAGCAGCUUCGAGGAACUGCAACAUCUGAACCCAAGCCGACAUUGGCAUCUGGUCUUGGUAAAGCUACAUUUCAAAAUUAUUGGUGGACUAUUUUUGAUCAGGAAUUUUCACACUAAGGCACAGGCUGAUGUUUCUGUUGAGGAGGUCAAGACGAUUCGGUAA